AUGUUCUUCCAGUUCAUCUGUGCUGUGGUGACCAGGUCUCUGUUUCUCCUGCUCUCCCUCAUAGGGGUGUGGAGGGUGGUGUGGGUGAAGGACCAUGGCCUCUACUGGCUCCUCACCGGCCUCUGCCUGCCUCUGGUGGUGGAGAUGAUCCUGACUCUGAAGAGGAGACGGGGAAAAGAUUACAAAUGGUUUUCUCCUGCGAUCUUCCUCUUUCUCGUCAGUAUCAUCCCGUCAUUAUGGAUUUUAGAGCUCCACCACCAAGAGAACAAGUCCACUGACUCCAGGUGUGAAAAACUGGACUCUACCGAAAAUAUCAAGAUAUACACACUAAACAUGAAACAGGGUAAUUAAACAUAUGAAAACUACCCUUGGAUGAUGACCUCAGUUUGUGCCAACGACUGGAUCCUGGCUCUGCACCAAAUCCUGCUCAUCCUACUGAUCAUAGGGAAGUGGCUGCUGCCGGCCGCUGGAGAGCUGACCAGAGACCAGCUCUCCCAGUUACUGCUCAUCUUCGUAGGCACCGCCGCCGACAUACUGGAGUUCACCUCGGAAACACUGACUGACAUGAAGGACUCCAGCCCAGCCAUGGUGUACAUUAUUCUGGGUGUGUGGACGUGGAGCAUGCUGCAGUUUCCACUCCAUCUCUCAGUGAUGGCGGGUUCCUCAGACCAGGCCUCGGAGCCCGCCCCCUCCCUCCUCUCCAACCUCCGGACUGAUAUCUGGAGCACCGUGGAGGCUCUGCUCAUCCAGGACGGGCCCUUCUUGGUGGUCCGCCUCACCGUUAUGAUCUACUUCAAUGUGGUUCACCAGAUGCUGAUCUUCUUUGCCAUUAAGAACCUCCUGGUGGUCCUACUCAACAUCUACCGGCUGGCCGUCCUCAUCUGUGACCGGAGUUCCUGAGUGUGGAUGUGGUGAAGCAGGUUACCAUAACGACAUAACUGUAUACACUGUUCUCACGUUCUACACUCAUUUGUGUCUACAAUUCAAACUGCAUGUGUACAAUGUAUUAAACAGCAGUUCAGUAUGUACAUUUCUU